AUGUCUGACGAACCAACUGCUAACACUGCCAAAAAAAGAAUAGAUUUUUAUCAAAAACCAUCUAUUUCAUCAAUUAUACCACCCUCUGAUCAAACAAUAAGCACAGUUGCUGGGAAUGGCAAUGAUAACAGUAACUUAACAUUAUCUAAAGUAGUUGGUACUAAUUAUUUGGUAGAUGGUAUUUCAAUUAGAAUUAAUAAUAAGUUGACUGAAUUUUUCCAUGAUAUAAGAACCUAUUGGAUCCAAACCAUAGAUCAACAGCUGGUCAAACCAAUUUCUGAAAGGUCUCGAGUUUAUUAUAAUUAUGAAAAUCAAAUAACUUCCAACAUAUCGAAAUUGCAUACAGAUAAAUUAGAAAAUCUAUUACCUGGCUUUGGAUAUAUUGCCGUCGCAUUUAUGACUGGUUCCAUUAUCACUAAAAGACGUAGUAAUGUCGUUAUCAAAUUUGCUUUGCCAUUAGUAUUAUCUGGUAUUGCAUUUAAAUAUGCAUUACCCAGCACUUUUAACAAUACUAUAGAUUCAUUAUAUAAUAAUGUGGAAAAAAAAAUUGUUAGCGAUGAAUUUUUAAGAAAACAAACAUUAUAUUGGAACAAUUUGACACAACUUAAUAGCCGCUUGAAAGAAAAGUUGAACAAGGCCACUAUUUUUAUUAAUGGAAAUUAUCACUCUGCUGUUACUUUGAUUAAAGACUGGACUGGCUUAAACGUAUAA